AUGGACAGACUGGUGUGGCAGUGGCAGUCUUACAUGAUGCUGGAUCAUGGACAGGGCCAAUCCAAUACAUUCAAUUCCGCCUCCGCUGGAUUUGACACUCCAUUCGAUCUUGAGAAGCGAAUAAGACCUGGACACAAAGAAUCAGUCGUCUACUUCAACAACAACAGUGACGGCAGUGGCAAGGACAUUAAAGUUGUUAAUGAUGGGCUGGAGAGAGGACGUGAAUUCGAUUUGGACAAUAAGAGCUUUGUGGACGGUGCCAAAGUGGUGACAACGGCAGCAGAGGCGCCAGUACCUGUGAAGAGAUGGAGGCCAAGAGAAAGGAAGGUUCCCGCUACUCCAUUUUCUAGAGCAUUUGGCUUUGUUGCAUUAGGAGCUGGUCUUGCUUGGGGAACAGUUCAGGAAUCUGCCAAGAGGCUUGUUUAUGGUUCUCCAAACUCAAAUGAAAAGCAGUUUGUUGUUUCACCAUUCUUGUCCCAAAAAAAUGCAGAAAGAUUGGCUCUUGCAUUAUGUAGGAUGCGUGGGGCCGCUCUUAAAGUCUGACAAAUGU